CCAAACAUCCCAGCAAAAGCAGAUCAAACUGGGAGGGGUGGGGGAGAGAGAGAGAAAUACCUAAACUGUGAUCUGCCCAGGCACAAGUCCCACUCCUUGCAAGAAGCCGAAACGGUCGCCUGCUCCCGGGCUUGUGACUCCACCAGCAGCAUGUAGCAGAGAUCCCGUGGGCUCGUGUCAGCUGCAACAGCUACUGGGACGCAGGAGUUUUGUUUUGGUUUUUUCCCCACUCCUGUCUCGCAAGCCUGAGCGAGUUUAAAGGCUUCUUCCUCCAGAUCCCUGCAGCACCUGCACCUCCCUGGAUAAACAGACCUCAGCAGAGACUUUUGGUUACAGACACUUUAACCAGAGCCCAGCCCAAGGGAGGAGAGCGACUCAGAAGCAGCCGCUCAGUGACUCGAAAAAACUUUGCACCAAAACUUUUUUUGUUGCGGCUACUUUGCUUUGUUAACCCCUUUGGUCAGUUGUGUGACAGCUGCUCUUUUCGCUGGUCUCUCUACUUUAAUCAGAGUUAGCCAAAGAAAAAGAAAAGAAAGAAAAACCAACCCCAACAAACAAAAAACCCCAGAUCAUCCCAUGAGUUAGGAAGAGGGAAACAAGGAAUAAAGUUAUUCUGAAAAAAAAAAACACAUUUGGCCGUCGAGAAGAGAGGGAGGCAAACAAAAACCUGUAGCAAAGCGAGGACGCAGUGAAUGGAAAGCGCAGUUUCACUGGAAUCAACAAGUGAGAACUUCUGGACGCCUCGUUCUUUCCCCCCUCCCCGCCCUUACCCAGCCUGAAGGCUUUGAAACGUUACUGGAAAGAAAUUGCCCCUAUUGACAGCUUUCCCUUCUUGCACGUUUCUAAAGGAUAUACUCAUAAGUCACAUCUGCACCAGCCAUGAUCCCAAAGCACUGCCCCGCCCUGGCUGUUGGGGUGCUUCAUGGACUGCUUUGGCUACAAGGUCUUGCUCUGGAAGAAGUGCUACUGAAACCAAAGUUAAACAUUACAGAAGAUCAAAUUGUAAUCAAUGCAGGAGAUUUCUUUGCCAUAACAUGCAGGGGAGCAGCCGCCUUGACCUGGCUAUGGGGAAAUGAGCCAAACAAAGACAUUCCCCACAGGUGGACUGUAUCUGAGCACAAGUGUUCAGACAAUGUACAGCAGACCUGCAGCAGGCUCACAAUCAACAAAGCUAUAGCCAACGACACCGGUUACUUCACCUGUGUUUAUAAUCACCACCGUUCUAACAAAGACCUCAUGGCCAAGACAUAUGUGUACGUUACAGACCACCAGAAUCCAUUUGUUCAGAUUCACCCUCAAUAUCCCGAAGUGAUAUUUGUAUUGAAUACUACCGAAGUCGUUGUCAUACCCUGCCGGGUCACCUCACCAGAUAUCAAACCCAAGCUUCGACAGCUUCCUUCUUCUUCAGAGUUCAGCUACUGGAGGAUGGUGUGGGACCCCAGGAGAGGAUUUGUCAUCCCCUCUCCUCCUUUCCACUUCUUCAAAGGAAUACUCAUGUGUACAACCAAAGUAAACGGAAUUGAGUCAUCAUCCUACUACAUGCCACAGAAAGUGGAGAGCAGAAUACAGAACCUGGCUCUGAAAGCAAACCCCAGAAAGCUGCUGGUCGGAGAUACCCUCAACCUGGAAUGCAGCGCAGAGACCUUUGCCAAUGGACGGAUUGAAUUUGAAUGGCAGUAUCCUGGUGGGAGAGAUCAUAAGCCUACACGAAUUUUGAACAAAAGUCAGGCGGUGUAUAAAGCCUUCAGUAACCUGACCAUCCAGAACAUUACCAUGGAAGACACUGGCUUGUAUAUAUGCAGAGCAGUCAAUGUAACAGGACUGGAGACCAAUGUAAUGAUACUGAAGGCCAAUGUAACAGUCACAGUAUACAACAAAGCUUUCCUGAGAGUUUCCUAUAAGAAAGGACCCUACUACGAGGGGGUAGCAGGACACAAGUUACUGAAACUAGCUGUGAAGGUGGAUGCCUUUCCCCGCCCCAGUGUUACCUGGUAUAAAGAUGGCAAGCCAAUCACGGAGAACCACACUUGCUAUGUAGCAGAUCCAAUGAAGUACAAGCUGGGCAUAAGGGAUUUGAGACCAAAGCAUGCUGGGAACUACACCAUAGUCCUGAGCAACACUAAACAUGGCCUGUAUGAGAACCUCACCAUCCAGCUGGUAGUGACAGAGAGGCCCAAAAUCUAUGAAAAGGAGACAGACUUUGACAAGGUCACACAAGUGAACCUAGGAAGCACACAAAGCCUUCAGUGCACUGCGAGUGGGACUCCGGACCCCAAGAUCACGUGGGAAUGGGAGCGAUGUGCCCCUGCAGACACGCGCUGCAGACACCAUGGAAAAAGAAUUGUCAUUCAGAAAAAUAUCAGUGAGGCAGACAUGUGGACAGGCAACAAAAUCGAGAGCAUUGAGGAGAAAUACAUAAUGCAUGAAGAUAAAAAAAAGAUCAUAAGCAAGCUGACUACAGAACAUAGCAAUGCAUCAGGGAUCUAUUACUGCGUGGCUUCAAACAAGAUUGGCAAAGAGGAGAGAAGCAUCAAGUUCUAUGUCUCAGACGUGCCAUCGGGUCUGCAAACGGACCCACAGAUCACCACCAUCGUGGGGAGUGAUGUUCAGCUGACCUGCAGAGCCUCCAGAUACAUUUACGAUCACCUGGCGUGGUACUACCCUUCCUCACAGGUGGUGCCCACCAGCUUCAUGCAAGAGCAAAUUGACAGAUACUCCAUUUCCUUGACACUGUCCAUUAGUAACGUCACAGAGGAACAUGCCGGGCACUACAAGUGCAUCGCUCAGAAUCGGCACAACAGCACGGAUGUGCUAGAAGAGGAUACCCAACUCAAUGUUAAAGCAAAGGCAGUGCCAUAUAUUAUGCAGAACCUCACGGACCGAGAGGUUAACAUCAGUGGCAAGAUCAUUCUGGAGUGCAAAGUAAAUGGAACCCCAACACCUCAGAUUGCGUGGCGGAAAAAUGGCUAUCCCAUUUCACCUGCUUCAGGAAUUUCCAUGGAAAAUAACACCCUGGUCAUUGAACGAGUGAAAAAAGACGAUGAAGGCCUAUAUGAAUGUAGGGCUUCCAAUGAAAUGGGCAAUGACAGCACAUCAGCAUUUAUUAAAAUACAAGGCUCUGAAGAAAAAUCCAAUAUUGAAGUUAUCAUUUUGGUCUGCACUGGUCUAGCAGCUACCCUUUUUUGGCUUCUUCUGACCCUUUUCAUUCGGAAACUGAGAAAACCUGAUGCCACAGAUAUUAAAACGGGAUACCUGUCAAUCAUAAUGGAUCCAGAGGAAAUGCCUCUUGAUGAGCAGUGUGACCGUCUGCCAUAUGACAGUAGUAAAUGGGAGUUCCCAAGAGACAGGCUGCGGCUUGGUAAAACACUGGGUCAUGGUGCUUUUGGGAAAGUCGUGGAAGCAUCUGCUUUUGGUAUCGAUAAAUCUUCAACCUGCAAAACAGUCGCUGUUAAAAUGCUUAAAGCAGAAUGUGCAACUACAAAUGAGUGCAAGGCUUUAAUGUCCGAGCUGAAGAUCCUCAUCCACAUAGGACACCAUCUGAACGUGGUCAACCUGCUGGGAGCCUGCACCAAAGCAGGAGGUCCUUUGAUGGUUAUCGUAGAAUAUUGCAAAUAUGGAAAUCUGUCUAAUUACCUGAGAGGAAAACGAGGGGACUUUGUUGCAUAUAAGUCCCAAGAGAAUUCUGACCAAGCAGAGAAAAGUCUGGAUGAAUCCAACAGUGAUUUAACAGAGCUGAUCAAGAGGCGCCUUGAGAGUGUGGCCAGCACAGGAAGCUCAGCCAGUUCAGGAUUCAUUGAAGAUAAGAGUUACAGUGACUCGGAAGAGGAAGAAGAAGAUGGUGAGGAUCUGCAGAAGCGACCCCUGACCUUGGAGGAUCUGAUCUGCUAUAGCUUCCAGGUGGCAAAAGGCAUGGAGUUCCUGGCCUCCAGAAAAUGUAUUCAUCGGGAUUUGGCAGCAAGGAACAUCCUUCUGUCGGAAAACAACGUGGUUAAGAUCUGUGACUUUGGACUGGCUAGGGAUAUUUACAAAGAUCCUGACUAUGUACGGAAAGGAGAUGCAAGACUUCCACUUAAAUGGAUGGCUCCAGAGGCUAUUUUUGAUAAAAUUUAUACUACGCAGAGUGAUGUGUGGUCUUUUGGCGUGUUACUAUGGGAAAUAUUUUCUCUGGGUGCCUCACCAUACCCAGGUGUGCAAAUUGAUGAGGACUUUUGCCGCCGCCUCAAAGAAGGAACACGGAUGAGAUCACCAGAAUAUUCCACUCCAGAAAUCUACAAGACUAUGCUGGAUUGUUGGCAUGGAGUUGCCACAGAGCGGCCGACCUUCACAGAGCUGGUCGAGCGCUUAGGAGACCUCCUCCAGGCAAAUGUGCAACAGGAUGGUAAAGACUAUAUUCCACUGAACAUCACAUUAUGCCUUGAUGGAGAAUCUAACCCAAAGACCUGCCCAGUGGAAGAAAACUUGAGCAAUUGCAUUAAUCGCUGGAGUGCAUUGGGAAUAGGUAAUAACAGUAAGAAGAGACCGCUGAGUGUGAAGACAUUUGAUGAGGUGCCAGUGGAGAAGCAGAAAGUGAUGAAUGAGGAAAGCGAGUCGGAUAGCGGGAUGGUGCUGACAUCUGAUGAGAUGAAAAGCCUGAAGAGGCUGGAAAUUCGCUCCUGGCCUUAUGGGAUUAUGGCUCUAGCGCAGCGAGCUGUCAGUAAGAGCAAAGAAUCCAUGUUAUCAGAGCAUGAGAUUGUGAAAUACCAGCCAACAGUACAGAUUGAUGAGGACACCAUGGACUUCACCCUGGAAGACUCAGUCCUCCUGCCCAUGGAUCCAAACCUGGAAUGCCACAGCCCACCUCCCGACUACAACUCUGUCAUCCACUAUUCUGCCCCUCCAGUGUAAUCAGCCUAGUUCAAUCUCUGCACCUCUUUCAGCAAUGCUGGAUUCUCAAAUGCCUCCACCAUUUAUACAGGCUGUUUAAAAGGACUAGGGUAAAAAGAGGAGAAGGAAACUGACAGUGUCCCUGCUAUGAAUGGAAACCCGUAAAGAGCAGCUACCUUAAAAGGUAUAUUUCAGCUUAUCUAGUUAACAUACCAGAAUGAAAAAUAGGAGCUCCAGCCCAAAAUUGUUCCCCACUCCUUACUCCCCACACUGGAUUGCUCAGUAGCGAUUGCAGAUGUGCAAGGUAUUUCAAUCCCUUUUUGCUGAUUCCAUACAAGAGUCACGGAGAUGGGAGCCACAGUAUUGAUUCUGCUGGCCAUACGUAGACCCUGCAAGGAUUAUAUGCCCAGAUGCUGUCUGGGGAUCAGUUAAGAACUGUAGCCCCAAACGCUGAUAUGUGGAUUUUGAAAGCGUACAUUAUUUUAAAAACAUGGGGAAUCUCAUUGUCCCUCCCAAAAUGUAUUUGAAAUAUCCAAAUUGUUUUGCUUAGGGUUGGUAUUCUAAUGGUGUUUGUACAUCUUCUGGGAUCCAUCCUUAAAACCAUACAACAUACACAGAGCAUGGGUACUCUGAGUACCUGUAGAAAGCCUGGAUUUGGUUGCAUUCUGGGCACACUAUACAGCUCAUCUAUUUCCCCAGGUUUUUCCUUUGUGGGAACAACAAUUUAUUUUAGUGAAUUAUUUUAUAAUGAUUGUUCAGCAGGUCUUUGGAUAAGGACUUUAUAAAUUUAGAUAAAUACAUUUUCCCGUGUGUGUGCACUCAAUGCAGGCCAUAUGCCACUGGGACACCAACAGUUUAACACAAUUAUUCUGUUUAACUUCUGGACACAUAUCUUUAUAGAAAGCACUUCCCCUAGAUUCCACUACUGAUGCCAAACACAGUUUGAUUUUUGGAAUACCAACUUAUACCACACUAGGAGCAAUCUGACAUUUAGGUUUGUACUUCUGGAGCCCAUGCAGCCCUGGCUACUGUGGUAUGUAAUGCCCUAAGUGAGUAAAUCAAAGCUUUUUGCAGUCAGGCCUGGCUGGAUCAUGGAUCUACACAGCUGAGAAAUUCAAAGUGACCUGCCCCUCACACCCCACAUGCUAUGUACAGCAGGGGAACUGUAGGUUUGCCAGCAUGCACACCCAUCUCCUCCUUGCAGCAACCUCACAAGUAAGCAAGUAAUCCUUGUAAUUUAAUGCACUGUGAAGUAAUCUCAGCUGACAUUAAAAAUUUAGGCAGGAGUAAAGCAUCUAGGGUCUCAAGUCUAAAGCAAGGCUGAGAAAGAUGCUCAUUGACAGUCAAGCCUGUAACCUCCUAAAUUAUAACCCGGGAAAAGGAGCUUUACAUUAAUUUUCUCCCUGGGGACUUUUCCAAGGCCUAGGAAACCCCUCCAUUCCCUUCCUAGGUCUGACAUUAGCAAUUACCUCUUUCCUUGAGAGGAUAGAUCUUUUUAAAUGAUCACAAUCUGAAAGAAGAAAAGGCACCUGGCAAACAAUGUGAUCAUCUUUUCCUAACUCCUCCAGCAUAGUGAAAACAGAGCAAAUGCUCUCAGAACAUUGGAAUCAUUUUCAAAUUACUAGGUAGACCUGAUAACAUUGAAAUAAGCAUGAAAGAAGACUCAGGUAUUAUCACAGGGGAAAACAGAAAAACAAAACAAAAAUCCCAAGCCCAGCACCCUCUUAACUGUGAAUGGUAAAACAUUUGAAAUGGGGGAUCCUCAGAUUGUAAUCAUGGUUCUCUUUAGUUCCUGAAUUAGUCUGGAAAAAGCAUGCAAGCUCCCAUUUAAAAAAGGGGAUCUGCAGUAAUUCACAAGGAUGAGUCCCCCUUGGUCCUAGUUGACCUGCUGGGAAGUCGUGGUCUGUAAUUGCUUUAUUGUCAUUUUUGCACUUCUUUGUAUUGUAAUAACUAUGUGUUAACUAGAGCUGGUCAAAUAAUGAGAGAAGCCUAUUGGGGAAUAAUUUAUCUAAAGAGUGACAAAAAGCUCUUUUGAUCAGUUGUUCAGUGAAUAUUAAAUUGAGCAUCUGUAGAGCUGGUCAAAUAAUAAAGCACUUGGUUUGCAGAUCAUUUAUUCACAAGACAAAUGGAAAAAAAUGUCUAAUAUAUAGCCCUGCUUGGUCUAGCAUUAACAGUGUCAAUGUGAGACAGUUUUUGCUGUCGUACCUUGCUCUCAAGCUUGUGAAAAUUACAGUGUGUAAAGAACUUUUGCUUGCAAAUCCUAAGUAUAAGGAGGCUUAGGG